AUGUCUCAAGGCAUAAUUCUACAAUUGUUAACAGAGCAACAAAAAGCAAUGUCGCAACAAACGCAACUGCUAAAGCAUAUGGCUGAUCUUCUUCAAGCACAAGGAGCACCAAAUUCACCACACUCACCACAAACAUCAAAUUCAUCCAAAGCAGCACUAAUGGAAUCAAUAGCACAGUCAAUGACAGCAUUCGUAUACGAGCCAGAGAGCGGUCUGAUAUUUCAAGCGUGGUACAACAGGUUUGUGCAUGUUUUCGAAAAAGAAGCAAGCUCACUCGAAGAACAUGACAAAGUGGCCUUGUUAUGGAGAAAAAUGUCGAACCAAGUACAUGAAAGAUUUGCCAACUACGUAUUACCAGCAAAACCUGAAGACAUGACUCUAAAGGAUACAGUAGAGAAACUCAAGAAACUCUUUGGUAAAACAGAAACACAAGUCUCACAAAGAUACAAAUGCCUUCAGCUAGCAAAAGGCGACAGCGAAGAUUUCAGAGAAUACGCAAGCAGAUGGUGCAGCAAAAAAGGCAUUAAACACACAAGGACUGUUCGUUUUCAUCCAAGUUCAAAUGGACAAGCCGAGCGUUUCGUUGAUACACUUAAACGUGCAUUAAAAAAACUAGAAGGGGAAGAAACGCCUACGGAAUCUCUCCAAACCUUCCUAGAAGUCUACAGAUCCACACCAAAUCCAAAUGCACCAGAAGGUUCACCAAACUGGACACCUCAAAGAAUAACAAGUCGCAGACAACCAGUCGAUCCUAUUUCAAGAUCACCUUCUCAUCUUAAGGAGGGAGAUGUUGGGGCAACCCACAUUAACAAUAUGGCAUCUCAUGUUGCAACAUCCUAUACGGCAACGCCCAUAUAA